AUAAAAUAUGAAUUUUUCAAAAUGAGAUUCCUAUUCUAUUGCCUAUUUAUUCCAAAAUGUAAAUUAUAAUGUAAUUUUCAUCACAGAAUAUUAUAAAAGACAACACAAAAAGGUGAAAAUGUUCAUGACUUCCAGGGGGAAAAAGAGACAGGAAUGCAAGAAUAUUAUUAAUUCAUGGUAAUAUUUUUUAAUGUAUGAUUUUAAGUGCAUUUUUGUUUCGAUAGACAUAUUUGGUACUGUGUUGGGUCAGCUCUUGAUGUCCAGUGUAAAAUCUAAAGCAAAACCAGCUGAGAAACACUGAAACAGACAAAUCAGAAGCAUCUCUAAUUCACUUCAAAGUGGAAAAAGUGACAUCGGACGCGCUUAAUGCCAUGACGGUGACAUCAUUUUUACAGAGCGGCGUGACGCCGCGAUUGGACGUCGGCCCCGGCCAAUCAGCGCUCGCUCCGCGCACGCACAGAUGGGAAGAGUUUAAAAAAGAUUGUGGAAAAGAAGAUGUGGCCCAAACUUUCCCACAUGAUCGGACAGUUGGACUGGAAAUCCCAGAUCUAACGUUGCAUCGCCACCCUCUCGCCGAAUCUGUUGAAAAAGCACAAUGUCAAGUCAAUUCAAGAGCGGACCCACGUUCGGACUGUCUGCGGAGGUCAAGAGCAAGCUGGCCCACAAGUAUGACCCACAAAAAGAGGAGGAGCUAAGAAUGUGGAUCAGUGAGGUCACAGGCCGCAAACUUCCCGAGAACUUCAUGGAGGGACUGAAAGAUGGAGUUGUCCUCUGCGAGCUUAUCAACACCCUUCAGCCCGGUUCUAUAAGAAAGAUCAACAACUCUCCUCAAAACUGGCAUCAGCUGGAAAAUAUUGGUAAUUUUGUCCGAGCCAUUCAAGAGUAUGGAAUGAAGCCACAUGAUAUAUUUGAGGCCAACGACCUGUUUGAGAAUGUCAACCACACGCAGGUCCAGAGCACACUUAUUACACUGGCUGGCAUGGCGAAAUCUAAAGGCUUCCAUUGUAAAUAUGACAUGGGAGUGAAAUACGCAGAGAAACAGCAGCGCAGAUUUGCUCCUGAGAAACUAAAGGAGGGACGCAACAUUAUUGGUCUGCAGAUGGGCACCAAUAAGUUUGCCAGUCAAAAGGGCAUGACAUCUUACGGUACACGGCGUCACCUCUACGACCCUAAGACGGGUAUGGAAAAUCCUCUGGACCAAUCAACAAUCAGCCUGCAGAUGGGCACUAACAAAGGAGCCAGUCAGGCCGGCAUGACGGCCCCGGGCACCAAGCGCCAGAUCUUCGAUAAGAAGCUGGACAUGGAGAUGUGUGACACCUCUAUCGUCUCACUGCAGAUGGGCACCAACAAGGUGGCGUCCCAGACCGGCAUGACGGUGUACGGUCUGCCGCGUCAGGUGUACGACAGCAAGUACUGCUCCACCCCGAAUGACUACAUCAACAACGGGCAGGACUCAGAGAUGGACGGAUAUCAGUAUUCCGACUAGGAUGAACAGACAGCUGUCAGCACGCUGCUUUUUUAAACUUUCACCUGCACUAUUUUUGAUAUUCCAAAAUUCAUGUCGACCAGUAGGACCAGCUUGACUUCUGACAUCACAGCCACCGAUCAAAGCUGAGAACUUCAGUGACUGACCGUGCGUAGAAAACAAAAUUAGGAGGAAUUUCUUCGCUUUUUUUGUUUUUAAAACACAGGCUUUUCCGGCUUCUCACUUGUCAUUUUUUUUUUUUAUUUUAUUACUUUUUUUUUUAAGUGUGCCAUUCUUUCAUCACCUGCAUGGCCAAAUUUUCUUUAUAUAUUUGAAAAAAAAUAAUGCAGAUUAUAAAUAUGGAGAUAUUAUUUAUGAUGCCUCAUAGUUACAUAUGCGCUACCAGUCAAACGUUUGGAAUCAUUAAGAUUUCUGUAUGGUUCUGAAAGAAGUCUCUUCUGCUCCCCAAGGCUGCAUAUAUUUGAUGAAAAAUACAGUAAAAAACAGUAAUAUUGUGAAAUAUUAUUAGUUUUUUUAAAUGUAAAAAUGUUUUUUAAAAUAUAAUUUAUUCCUGUAAUCAAAGCUGAAUUUUCAGCAUCAUUACUCCAGUCUUCAGUGUCACAUGAUCCUUCAGAAAUCAUUGUAAUAUGCUGAUCAUAUUUCACAAUAUUAUGGUUUUCGAUGUAUGUUUGAGCACAAACAUUUUUUAUGAUAGUAAUUCCAGUGGAUUGGUUACGCCAACAGCUCUUAGAUUUUAAAAUGAUGCUCUUUUUAUGAUCCACCAAAGACACCAUACUAUUGCUCAAUCAGAUCAAUUUCCUAAAGGAAAGGAAAGGAAAGGAAAGGAAAGGAAUAGAAUAGAAUAGAAUAGAAUAGAAUAGAAUAGAAUAGAAUAGAAUAGAAUAGAAUAGAAUAGAAUAGAGCUUUAUUGUCAUGGAACCCACAUGAACUACUGCAAUUAAGCUUUUAAAUAAUGUCAUUUAAAUAAUGCUGAUUUAGUAUAGUUGUUUGAAAAGGUGUAAACUGAAUAUUAUAGCAUCCCUAUUUAACAACCAUAGGACAGAGAAAAAAUGCUGGGUUGUUUCAUCCCAUGUUUGGGUGAAAUAUGGACAAGCCCAAUUGUUGGUUUAAAGUCUUAAACCCAACAGUUGGGGUCCAUAUUUGACCCAAACAUGGGUUGAAACAACCAAACAUUUUGUAGAGUUAAC